ACUGUGUACGCCAGCAGCGACUGAUAAGUAAAUAUUUCUUGCUCCUUUGCAGUGCCGUUGCUUGGGAAUGGCAGGGACCCGUUGAAGUAUCCCAAGAGAUGCGCAGCCUCCAUCAGCAGCUCGAACUCAAAGCUCCAGAGCAAUAAUGGCUCACGCCAAUUUUUAAAUCCCGAUCCUUCCCCACGCUUCCGCCCCGUCCCCUUCCGACGUGCACCUCAUUGUCGUCCCCUCCAUCGCCGCUGCUAGACUCCUAGCCGCCGCCUCUCAACUAGUUUUCUGUUGGGUGCGCUCGGAUUGUGAUGCGAUGUAAAAGGUUGGUGGGGAAGAUCUGCUUCGGGGCACGUGAAGCAUCGUGCGCGAGGUCGUCGUAGUUCUUGGCCACUUGUUGUAAGGAGAGCGUUUCGUUCUAACACUUCGGCUUGGAUGGUUUGUAGUACCGUGCUGUUUGCAGGAUGCCCAAGGCGUUGGUGCCAGAUGUCGUCGGAAGCGCGAUGGCCGCGCGAGCGUUGGUACAUGUCGGUGUUGGAGAAGAACGCGACGACCGUGGCGGGACUUCGGCAGACUUCUCGUGUGAUGGGGAUAAGUUGAUCUGCUUCGGUUGGCGGUCCUCGGAUCGCCGGUCGUGGUAUUCGGCUGGGUCCUGCUGCUGCUACUGCAGGUAUGGUGUUGGAGUACCAGAAUCCAUCUGGGGUGAAGUCGGGGUCAAGAUCUGGCGG